AGUUACUUGGAUGAGUUCUUGAAGUUUCGGAAGAAAGACCAUCUUUUUCGCAUCGUCUCUGUAACACCAAUUCUACUUCAUCUUCUUGGCGUUUCUUCUGCAGCUUUUUGCGGUUCACGUGUUAUUUGCUUUUGGUUCUAUCUUUUUUUUUUGGUUCUGAUGUAUUUCUCACAAAACCAUUCCUAUAAGCUAUAUUGCUAUAAGUAAUGAAAUGAAUCUUUAAAGACGUUAAAUUUGAGAGCAAGAGAAAACCAUUCACCACAAAAGAUCAAGAACUAGAGACAGUCAUGGACAUCAAGUCUUACCAGAGUCAUGCAGAGGGUUUUAUUAAACACUAUCUAUUAGCAGAUCCGUUUCUUCCAUACACUUCUGUUCUUGCUGGAAUCUUUCUCUGCAAGAUGGCCUAUGAUAUUACCCAGUCAUUCAGCUCAAUUCAUAUCAAAUCAUACUCAGCUCUCACAAAAGUGAAGAGAACUGAAUGGAACAACAGGGGAAUUUCUACACUCCAUGCGAUCUUUAUCUCAUUGAUGGCACUCUACUUUGUGUUCUUCUCUGAUUUGUUUUCUGACCAAAGAAGUCUUCAAGGCCUUAUAGUGUUUCGCAGCUCGUCUAUUUCUAGCUUUGGUUUAGGGGUAUCCGUUGGUUACUUUCUUGCUGAUCUUGGAAUGAUCAUUUGGUUAUACCCUACUUUAGGAGGAUCAGAAUAUAUUUUCCAUCACUGCUUAUCUGGAGUAGCAGUAGCUUAUUCUCUGUUCUCCGGAGAAGCUCAGCUUUACACAUAUAUGGUUUUACUCUCUGAGGUGACUACACCCGAGAUCAAUCUUAGGUGGUACCUUGACAUUUCUUGUUUGAAGCGAUCUAAGGCUUAUCUUAUUAAUGGAGUUGCUAUUUUCUUGGCUUGGUUGACAGCAAGAAUCCUUCUCUUCGUCAACAUGUUUUACCAUGUCUAUGUACACUAUGAUCAGGUGGCAAUGAUGCAUCCAUUCGGUUAUCUACUGGUUUUUGUCGUACCGGUUGCAUUGAGUGUAAUGAACUUGAUGUGGUUUGGUAAGAUAGUGAAGGGACUGAUGAAAACUCUUGAGAAAAAAGACAAUAAGGAAUGAGCUUUUUUCCUGAAUGUAGAGUUAGGAUUAGAGGGGGUGCUUAGCAUAAAAAUAAUAUAAUAGCGGGUGGGAUCCACACAAAAACUAAGCACCUGUGCUUAUUCUGCUUAAUUAAGCACCGGUGCUAGCACUGUUUCUUGGGCGCCACUGAUACGUGGCGGUCCGCGAUUGGUUCGUUUUUAAUUUUUUUUUUUUUUUAAUCAGAAAAAAAAAACAAAAAAAAAAAAAUUAAGCACCUCAUUUGGGGUGCUAGGGGUUAAUGGUGGUAAAGUUCUUAUGAAGAAUCUUACAGGUUAGAGCUCAUAAUCAAUAGACCACGCUACAAUUUUCGGUGCGGUUACCGUUUCAAUUUUCUUAAAACAACUCUUUGUUUUGACGUAUUUAACUAAAACAUACUCCCAUUCAUUAACUUAAUAUUUGAGAACAUACAAUGAGUUUGUCCUUUUCUGUUUGCACAAUACUAAGCAAAGCACAUGGGGAAAGAAAGCAUUUUCGUUAAAA